ACACUGGUCACUGGUGCAAUAUGGGAGAAAUGGAAUUGGAGAAGACGACAGAUAGUGGGGACCAUCUUCAUUCUUCUGCUCUCUCACGUGUUCUUAUCCAUUUUCUCUCUAUCUUUUUCUCUUUCUGCUGAAUCAAUCCACUGAGAACCAAAACCCCAAUUUCCCCCCUUUUUCUUGUUCACUUUCUCUUCAAUUUUCCACCAUCCAACCACUCCAUUAUUUGACCAACUAGCUCGUACUCUCCACUGUCAAUGGCUACUCUGCUAGCUUCUUCGAAAACCAACUUUCACCACCACAGCCAUCUUCCAACACCACCGUCAUCCUCAUCGCCUCCGUGUUCAUCUUCAUCCAUGUCCAUGAUGGGUACCGCAAACCCUCAAAUUUCGGGUUUAUUGCAUCUGAAAUCUAGUUUCUUGAACCCGUUGAGUAAGAAUCUGAGCCAUGUCGAACUGGGUUCCUGUAAAAACGGUCGCAGCAAAUCGUUUGUGGUCCGGAUGUCAUGGGAUGGUCCGCUUUCUUCCGUCAAAUUGAUCAUUCAAGGCAAAAAUCUUGAGUUAACAGAUACUGUAAAAAGUCAUGUUGAAGAGAAGGUCGGAAAGGCUGUUCAGAAACACAGUCAUCUUGUGCGGGAGGUUGAUGUUAGGUUAUCUGUUCGAGGUGGAGAAUUUGGGAAGGGUCCCAGGAUCCGGAGAUGUGAGGUGACUUUGUUUACCAAGAAACAUGGAGUUGUUCGUGCAGAAGAAGAUGCUGAAACAGUAUAUGGGAGUAUUGACUUAGUAUCGUCGAUUAUACAGAGGAAGUUGAGGAAGAUUAAGGAGAAGGAAUCUGAUCAUGGGCGCCACAUGAAGGGUUUUAACAGAUUGAAAAUUAGGGAGCCUGCACCACAGGUAGUUGAUGGUGAUGAAGAUGCAGCACCUCAACAAGAGGAGGAGGAGAAGGAGGAGGAGAACUUUAUUGAUGAGAUUGUACGGACAAAAUACUUUGAGAUGCCACCUCUGACUGUCUCUGAAGCAAUUGAGCAACUGGAAAAUGUUGACCAUGACUUCUAUGGUUUCAGAAAUGAAGAGACCGGGGAAGUGAAUAUUGUGUACAAAAGAAAAUCAGGUGGAUAUGGUCUGAUCAUACCCAAAGGUAAUGACAGAGCUGAGACACUAGAGCCUGUGCUUGUAGAGCCGGUAAAAGAACCCUCUUUGGCCGAAUAAUAGAAAGGAAGAUCCUGUUUUGAGAAUUGAGAUGGCUGCAAUCUAUGUUUCCAAUCAAUCAUCUAUAGAUUUCUGAUGGCAGCAGUGUACAUUAAGGCUGAUGUAUGUGAAUCUAUGAUGAAGCCCUCUAUGGGGAAUGAGAUCAACCAACUUCUAAAAUGUAUGAACGUAUAAUUGAUGCUUCUUGUGAAGAUUAGAUACACAUAUGAUAAUCUAUAAAAGAUGAGAGAAAACAUUUUGAAGUA